AUUCAUGUUUUGAACUCAACCGUCACAGUUCAUGCCUAGGACGAACUCUCUAACGCGCGAGGUCAGCUGAUUAGUUAAUAUAUUUUUUUACCGAACAAAAGUCGCGAGUGGUGGUGGUGGAGUCCGAACCGCAUCCCUUAAGACGCAAAAAGAAAGAUUGUGAGAGUGUCUCCGAUUGCCGGGAGUAAGCGUGAACGUUUCGAAAGUUUUCAAGGACAUAACCUAAAAGUUCGUUUAUAGUGAAAAGUUCAUUAAGUGGUGUGAAGUUGUGUGAAGGAACAACUCAAAAGGGAUUACGGACAUGAAGUUUGCUGUAGUUUUAGGGGAUAUGUGUAAAGAAACGGUAUGAAAUAAUAUCGACGUAAAUAAUUUGUACUCGAUGUUUUUUUUGAUGUGUGAGUGUUAAGGUGUUUAGAGUAGACGCAAAAGUACAAUCCAUUACAACAAAUUUCCCGAGGUAUGGCAAACGAUCGUUUCGUUUGCCUAGUACUUCGUCAAAAUGUUAACCCUAACGAUGCGAAGGGAAGAUAGAACUAAAGUGCCAGUGACGUCACCAAGCGAAGAAUUUGUGGAUAUAUUACAAGUACAACAAUUACUUUUAAAUGAAACUCGUCGCGAACACCAGCAACAACAGGCCGCAAGUCAGGCUUCAACGUCACAACCGUCCACGUCUCAAGCUUCGAUGCUGGUACAACAACAACAACAACACGGUAGGAUCGGGGAACUACAUUCCGGAUAUUAUUAUGGAACGUACCAACCUACUACAGGACCUUCUACGUCGUCGUCGACAAGUGUAGAUGAAUUGGUGGCGAUGUGGUUCUCGGGAUCACAAGGCAGCGGUUCCUUGGAUCCUGAAGAACUGUCUAUCGAACAACACGCCAGCCCGCACCAUUCGCCCAGCAGUCAUAUCACAGAAAGAGCCACCCCUCAAGAUACCGCUCUUUCGCCUAGUUUAAGAGAAGAAGAAAAUACAAAUCAGAGCACGUUAAGUAUGUACCCUCAUUCCAGUAACAACAACAUGGCGAAAAUACAGCACAGAUCGGUUUAUACAUCAGCCGGCAGUCCGAAUUUAUCCGGAAGCAUACAGAUGCAAAGCGGAAGUCCGAUCGGUAUGUCAACCCAAAACAUGCCACAUUCACCUUCCGCCGUAAAUCAAUGGUUGCUAUCUUCUGGAGAUAAACCAAUAUAUCCAGCUAUGUUCGGUUUGCUUCAAGGCUCUUCCCAAAGUCCUCAACAACAAUACACGUCAGCUACACCAAGUCCGGCAGGUACCCAAUACGACGACAGAUCUCAAACUGAACAACUAAUGCUCACGAUGGAAUGUAAUACUAAUUUAGCUCUAAAACAACCGCCUUCCUAUCCGAAUUGUUCAGGUACAAGUACAAACCUCCAAUUAGACAUGCAACAAGACAUGGUAUAUUCGCGAGUCGGACAACCGAUGGGUACGCCUAAAUACCAAUGGGAUACCAAUCAAGAUUACGGUUCACCGAACUCUAGUGCUUUAGUGAUACCGGGACCGUCUUCUCUAAUACCCAAACAAGAACCGUUUAGUGGAUCAUGUAGUGAUCUCGGUCAGAGCUCGAGUUCGGGUUAUAACGUACAAUUAGCCGAAUAUAACCCUUCAACCAGCAAAGGACACGAAAUACUCAGUCAGGUUUACCAACAAAGUCCGAUUCCGUUGAAACUCGUACCGGUUAAACCCCGAAAAUACCCGAAUAGGCCGAGUAAAACGCCGGUUCACGAACGUCCUUACGCGUGUCCCGUGGAAAAUUGUGAUCGAAGAUUUUCAAGGUCGGACGAACUUACGAGGCAUAUACGAAUUCAUACCGGACAAAAACCGUUCCAAUGCAGGAUAUGCAUGAGAAGUUUUUCGCGAUCUGAUCACCUUACGACGCAUAUUAGGACGCAUACCGGUGAAAAACCGUUUUCGUGUGAUAUUUGCGGAAGGAAGUUUGCCAGGAGCGACGAGAAGAAGAGACACGCCAAGGUUCAUCUGAAACAAAGGAUGAAGAAAGAAAAUAAAUUAGGUAAUACGUCUCAAUCAUCCUCGUCGAUCCAACAGCAAACGUCUUCUUCGCAGCAAUCCCACCACCAUCACCUCCACCCGCACCAACAGUCGCACAUGCACCAAAGCCAUACGGUGACAAGUGACGAAGCGAUGAAUCUACCACCGGUCGUCACAACUACUCUUUGAGAACCCGAUACCGGGCUAGAGCCCGGUGAGUGUCUGCUACUCAUCCAAGACUACUGUGAUUUAAAUUCCGAACAAGCCAGGAUCAUUAUCGUUCAAAUAGAUUAGGAUCCGGGCUCUGAGAUUCAUAGAGAUCUUCGUGCAAAUACGCGUCAAGACUAUUGACUAGAUACCUGAUUAUUUUGAUCUCUAUUGGCCUAUUAUAGAGGGCCGAAAUACGUCUGUGCCAUUCUCUCUCGUGAAUUAGCUACAGGGUGUUUAGAGGAGUGGGUCUAAAGUGGCCUUAGGAAACGGAGAAAUUAGUAAUUCUACUAAGAAUAGUAAGAAGAGGGGGUUUUAUAUUUGAUGAUCAUGAUGAUGAUGAUAAAGAAAAGAAGAAUUUUUUACAAAUUGACUGAUAGGAAGUAGCUUUUUACAACAUUAUCAAAAAUUAAAAAAACUUAUUUUUAUUUGGGAUAUUCAGUUUUAUGAAUAUUUUAUUAAGAAAGGUCAUGUAUUAAUAGAAAUUAUGGUUUAUCUUUUGGUUUACGGUCUUUUUUAUUCUUGGGUUCAUUGCCUUUGGUAUUAUUGAAAUUAAUAAUAAUAGUUUUACACGGUUUUUAAAUGCCAGUUAAGUAUUGUUUCUGUUUGUUCUUAAUAAUUUAUUACUUACGAAUCUUGAAUAAUUUAGUACGAACAAUAACAAAAUAAUCAAAAUCCAUAUAACAUUCUUCAUGUGAAGUCGCUAAAACGUCCUCUAUCUACAUUUUACAAUUGAAGUGUGAAAUGAAACUAAAUUUAAUAAAAUUUGUAGUGAUAUUAUUCUUUAUAUUCACUGGUAAGUUUUUCUAAUAUAUUUUUAACUUUAUUUUCGUGCACACAAUUCCAAUUAUCUAAAAAUAUAACAUAUUCCCGAAACAAAUAGAAAAUGCGAAUUUAGCCAACUUGGAAAUGAUAAUCAUUUGAAUUUUGUGAACACUAUUUAUAAAAAGAUAUUGGAAAAAACUUACCAAUCAAUAUAAAAAAUAAUUUCACCACAAAUGCUUCUAAAUUUACUUUGAUUUCACACUUCAAUUGUAGAAUGUAGAUAGAGGACGUUUUAGUAACGACACUUGGGUCUUAUUGGACAUCAAAAUCAAAGCGUCUGCUUUAAUGUGUAGUAUUUCAUUUUUGUCUUAUUAUUAAUUAUUUAUCGAAUGGUUUUUACCUGUUUUUUAGCAAACAUAAUACAUCGUGAUUAAUUUUGAAUUUAUAUAAUGAUUGAGUCAUAACCAAGGAUAUUUAGAAGAUUAAUUUAAUGUUGAGAUAAAACAGCAUCUGUUAUAUUAGAAAUUUUUAAAGAAAUAAAUAGUAUGUCUUUGUUCUUGCUCGGACAGAAAAUAUUUUUCGAAACUUCAUUUCGGUCUGCUGAACUUUCAAAACAUACCUUAGCUUUUUCGUUUAAAAUAUUGUCUUUGCCGUGAAAAUAAUCAAGAAAAAUAAAUGAAAACUUACUUCUCGAUUGAAAAAAUUUUAUAAAUAAAAAUGUAAUUCAAAUAAUUGUAUUGAGUAGGUAUCGAAGUUUAGACUGAAUAUGAAGAUUUGCGAGCUAGGGUACAGUCUAUCCACUUCAGUUUUGCUCAGAAAUAAAUUUGAAAAUCGUAUUAAACUCGAUUUUAAUAGCACAAAACAAAAUUUCAAUUUUCAAAAACCAAUACUAUAAAAAAAGUUGUUUCCACAAGGAUUAUAAAGAUAAUUUAAAAAAAAAGGCAAAAAACAAAUAAUAAAAAUAGUUCGUAUAACUUUAAAGAUAUACGUGAUGAUAUACAGAGUGUUGUAUUAAAAUUAAACGAAAAAAAGUUAAAAAUUUUCUGUCACAUGACCUUUCUUAAGAAACUACGAAAAUUUGUAGUCGUAGUAUGUUAAAAUUUCAUAUUUUAAAAACUUAUUUUUGUAAUUUCUAAUUUAAAAAAAAAGUGGUUAUUGAUAUUUUAUUUUCAUCGGUGUUCUAAACACAUUUUUUUAACAAAUAUAGUAACAAAAGAGCUUUAAUUAAUAAUAUAGGUUAAAAAUUCACAUUUAAAAAAAUAUAUUUGCCAAUAACAAUUGGAAUACAUUCCGUAAAUAUUUUUUAUCUUUUUCGUUUUGUUCGUGUUUGUAGAAGGUAUUUUAUUUAUUGUUUUCGUUAGAUCUUAAGAGAUUAAAAAGUCAAUAGAAUAAAGCAGUAAGAAAAAGUAUUUUUCACGCGCAGGUUAUACAAGCGUACAUCAAAAAAUUCAACGUUAAAUCGAUCGUGAAAGAUAAUUUCAGAUAUACCUCGUAUGAUGAAGCGGCAAAUGUGAAAAUAUCAAGAUUGCCUUAAGAAGUGUCUUUAAUAAAGUAAAUUGAAGCAGAUCUAUUCCUAUCACACGUAGUUACCAUUAACCAAUUACCGCUAAAGUCACUUUCGAACAUAUUAUGAUUUUUUCUGUUAAUUAAUGCAAUAAUUACUCACUAUUGCUUUUUUUUUAAUAAUAUACCGGUUUCCUACUAGUCUAAAAAUCCAUACAAAAGUUAAGGAUAUUUUGGAGUUGUUUUUUGGGAAUCGUUUUAUUUGAUUUGAAGAUCCAGAAUACCAUUUAUGAUCGUCACCUAGAACUAACUCGAUAAAAUCCUCUAAAUACCUUUACAAAAACCUGGGAAGAAGACUUUUCACUGCUAGAGGUCUACAAUAAAGAGAAAAAUCUGUUAUGCAGACGUCUUCUAAGGAAAGUAUCGUUAACAUCUUUCGAAAAGGUGCAAUUAUAGUCGUAUUGUAUAGAUAAAAGGACACUGGUUUACAUGGAUCAAGUGGUGGUGUUCAUCUGAAUCCUGUAGAUUCAACAACUUGAUUAUAAUCUUGCCAAAAACGCUUAUAAUGGACGGGGGAAAACUCUUUAAAGGAGUAAUCCAUAAAGCACGAAUUGCUUUAUACAACUGCUGCAGAAUAGUCGGAGGAACCUGAUGCUCGAGACCCAAAAUGAUGAACUGGACGUACAAAUCCGUUGUGCGAUUUAUCAGCUUUUAUGUAGUAACCAUUUUAGAUUAACUCUCUUUAAAGACCUUUAGAAAAAGUGAAGCAAUAAAGUGGGCAAUGAAAGGCAUACAAGGAACAGAAUAUGUAGUACGGCGAGCUGGUUGGGCAGUCAUGGACAAAUGCAGAGAUUGUAUCCCCACGAGGAUCAUCGAUAUCCUACACUGAUAGAUCUAAAA